AUGGAAAGCAGCAAGUUAAUGUCAACUGACAAAGCUACAGUAAUCAUCCAAGUAAAUCCACAGGUGAAACAAAAUAAUGUUAUUUGUGAUGACGAACAGCAGGCCAGAGUAGCAUAUCACAAUACAGCUCUUAAAGGAUUUUUCAAAGCACAACCAAAGGCACUGGGGACUGUCCAGAUAAUGAUUGGAGUGGUGAUUUUCUUGGUUGGUAUUGCAUACACCUCUAGUGACAAUACCUAUGAAAUACCAGUUGUUAUUUUUAGUGGCAUCACCUACUGGGGAUCCCUUAUUUACAUCAGUGCUGGCUCUCUGUCUGUUGCUGCGCAGAAUAAACUUCAUCUCUGUGUGGUGAAAGCCUCUCUUGGAAUGAAUGUGAUCAGUUCCAUAACUGCAGUGAUUGCCAUUAUUCUGAUGAGCAUAGAGAUACUCAUUUCACCGCCCUACAGAAGACGUAUUCCGAACUUUAAUAUGUGGAUCACUGGAAUAUUGCUGGUGUUCUCCAUCCUUCAGUUUAUCAUCUCCAUUUUAAUCUCAGGAUUUGCCUGCAAAGCCACCUGCAACACUGACUCUACAGUGGUCAAUGUGGCACUUAACCAGUUAGGGUUCUCCAGGUCCUCAAUAAAAACUGAGUUCUACCUAGACCUCAAUGCAGAGAAUUAUCAGUUACAUCAGUCCAAAAUCCUGUUUCUCAUCUUCAACAUCAGUCAACAUGGCAUCUUCAUGUACAAGAGGAAGGUGGAUCCCAUCCACAACUGGCCAACUCCCACCACUGUGAAAGAACUCCAGUUCUUCCUAAGAUUUGCUAACUUUGAUCGCUGUUUCAUCUUCAGUCCACUAACCUCCCUGUUCCCUGGAAAGCCCAAGUCUCAGUCCUGGUCUUCUGCUGCCACUGAGGCCUUUGAGAAGCUGAAGCAGGCCUUUAUCACAACACCGCUUAGUCCGUCCUGA